AUGCGUCUGCGCGCCAGGUAUGCUAACGAAAGAAGAAGUUACGACUCUGCGUCCGACAAAUGCGAUGUCGACCCUGAGCGCGACGAUGCUCUUCUCCGAAAGUCACCAAAUGCGGAUGACGAUAUUCCCUCACCGAUUUUAGAUGACGAUGUUCUCUCACCGAUUUCAGAUGACGAUGUUCUCUCACAGAGUCUAGAUGAGGAUACUAUCUGCGUCGUCGUCGGCAAAGAACCAAAUAAAAGGAAGUUCUUCAUGGACCCGCGCCGCAUCUGUCAUUGCAGCAAGUUCUUCCGCAACGCCUUGAGGGGGGGAUGGAAAUCAGCACAGAAUCUCAAAGUCACUUUGAAAGAAGAGGACCCUAGGAUAUUCGCUUGGUAUCUAGACACACUCUAUAACGGCACCAAGCUAUCUUUCCAAGGUCAGCCGUGGUCUUUCCAGCCCAUGAGCGAGCUCUACGUCCUCGCCGAGAUGCUCAUGGACGACUCCACUAAAAAGGUUGUCCUGGCGGCCAUUAAGAAACGAUGCGAAAGCCCUCAAUUCGGCCACUCCCUCCCGGAGCCAUCUGCAGUCCAUACCAUCUACGACGGUACACCCGAGUCGAGUCCCGCGCGUCGUUUGAUGGUUCAGAUCUUCUCCCAACGUGCAAGUAAAGAGCGCAUUGAACACUGGACGACGGAGAACUUGCCGAAAGAUUUUCUCCUCGAUCUGUCGGUCAAUCUCAUCGCACAACGUCCUCUUCCAGAUGACGAUGAGAGGGGACAAGAUGAGGGCAAGAAUGCUAGGAAGCGUGCAGCCGAAGAAUCUGACGAGGAAUUAGCCCUCUAUCUUGACUCGCUAGAGUCGCCUCCAAAGGUGAAGAAGAGGCUCAAGUUGCGUGUCGGCGGCCGUGAUAGCCUCGCCUUUCCUGACAAGUACUCCGUGCUAGCGGAUGCAGACUCGGGAAAUACAAAGACAAAGGUCACUCUUGGUUCCCAACACGAUGCCGCAUACAUCAGGGCUGAGCGCACAGCCGAAUGGCAGACAAACAUUAGCAACCUUCCAGGUGGUCCUCUUAAGCCGCAGAUAAUGACCGAUGACGGUAGGAGUUGGUUCGAAACCACUUGA